AUGUUUACAGUCCAGUCGACUGUAAGCAGCCAGAAAUUUAAAGAGUACGUCAUAACGUGCCCAUCAUCAGGUAUUGAAGGCCAGAGUUGUACAUUUGAAGAUGACAAGUGUGGAUGGACUGAUGCCAGUGACGAUGACUUUGACUGGAUUCGACAACAAAGUAACACUGGGACACCACACACUGGACCAAAUGGAGACCACACAAUUGGAGCAAAUGGUUGGUUUGUUUACAUUGACAAUACAUUAUCCGGUGAAAGAGGUGAGAAAGCCAGGUUCAUCAGUCCUGAUGUAGAUUUCAUGGCUGACCAGCCUAAGUGCCUAAUCUUCUGGUACCACAUGCAUGGUGCCCACAUAGAAAGACUGAAUGUGUACUUGGGUGUCACCAAUGAUUUAGGUGAAGUAUUGUGGACAAGACGAGGCACACAAGGCAAUGAAUGGAAGAAGGCUCAGAUUACUCUGUCUGUGUCGGUCAAUGCCACGGUUAAUGUGAUAUUUGAAGCAAUUCAUGGCAUUGUACAGGGAGAUAUAUCAUUGGAUGACGUCACGCUUGAAGACGGAGAAUGUCUACAAGGUAUUGAAGGCCAGAGUUGUACAUUUGAAGAUGACAAGUGUGGAUGGACUGAUGCCAGUGACGAUGACUUUGACUGGAUUCGACAACAAAGUAACACUGGGACACCACACACUGGACCAAAUGGAGACCACACAAUUGGAGCAAAUGGUUGGUUUGUUUACAUUGAUAAUACAUUAUCCGGUGAAAGAGGUGAGAAAGCCAGGUUCAUCAGUCCUGAUGUAGAUUUCAUGGCUGACCAGCCUAAGUGCCUAAUCUUCUGGUACCACAUGCAUGGUGCCCACAUAGAAAGACUGAAUGUGUACUUGGGUGUCACCAAUGAUUUAGGUGAAGUGUUGUGGACAAGACGGGGCACACAAGGAACUUACCUUUAUUUCGACGCUUCCAAUAUUGAGCAAGGUACGAGUGCUGCUUUUUACAGCGAGCCUUUUCAAAUGAAACAGACAGAGAGUAUGUGUAUCAAUUUCUGGUAUCAUAUGUAUGGAGCUUCAGUUGGUGAACUUAUAUUACAACAAAUAUUAUCGAAUGGUGACGUCAUUGAUUUAUGGACAAUGAGUGGUGACCAAGGCAACAGAUGGUUACCUGGAAGAGUUGAAUACUCCCAGACACAGGAUUACUAUUUGAAUUUCAAUGCUUCGAGGAGCUUUGGACCAUGGGGGGAUAUAUGUAUAGAUGAUAUAGUACUGACUACAGGAACGUGUUUGCGUAUUAUCGAAAGCUGUACAUUUGAAAGCGAUAUAUGUGGAUGGGUGAACGCCAAUAAUGACGACUUUGACUGGAUCCGACAACAAAGCGACACACAGACACCACAUACCGGGCCAACAGGAGACCAUACUAUUGGAGGUGAACUACCUGGUUCAUGUGAUUUUGAGCAUGGCAUCUGUUCUUGGCAGAAUGUUUAUACAGACGAUAUUGAUUGGGUGGAGAAUAAAGGAGGCACUUCAACGGGAGGCACGGGUCCAACCGGUGAUCACACUAUAGGCACAUCCGAAGCAAAUGGUUGGUUUGUUUACAUUGACAAUACUUUGGCCGGCGAAAGAGGUGAUCUAGCCAGGUUCAUCAGUCCUGAUGUAGAUUUCGACGCUAAUCAGCCUAAGUGUUUAACAUUUUGCGGUACAUAUAAUGUGAUUUUUGAAGGAGUUCAUGGCAUUAUACAGGGAGAUAUAGCAUUGGAUGACGUCACGCUUGAAGACGGCAAAUGUCUACAAGAUUAUUGUGACUUUGAAGAUGGUACUGACAUGUGUGGUGGAACACAAGACCAGAGUGAUACUUUAGAUUUCACACUGGCAGGUGGUACAAUAGGUUCUGUACCUGAUCAUACUCUUGGGACGCCAUCAGGUCAUUUUCUCAUAGUGUCAGCAACGGAACAAAAUAAAUAUAAAAAAGCUCGAUUCAUUACACCUACAUUCUAUGCACCAACAACAAAAUGUCUGCAAUUUCAUCACAUGAAAAAUGGAGACCAGAAUUUAGGUGUGCUGAACGUCUAUGCCAAGAUAGGUAGUACGCUUGGUACUGCACUAUGGACUAAAAGUGUUGAAUUAGAGUAUGGAUGGUAUGAAGAACAGGUUUCUAUUGUGGCUACUGAGGAUUUUAAAAUUGUAUUUGAAGUUGUGCGAAGUAGUGGCAAUGAAGGAUUUAUUGGAAUUGAUGACUUUUUCAUCUUUGAUGGUAGUUGUGUUUCUGUCGGUGGAAUUGGUACACUUACAGUACAACAAUUAUUAUCGAAUGGUGACGUCAUUGAUUUGUGGACUAUGAGUGGUAACCAAGGCAACCAGUGGAUGCCUGGGAGAGUUGGAUUUUAUCAAACACAGGAUUAUUAUUUAAUCUUCAAUGCAACAAGAGGCAAUGGUCCAUCUGGUGAUAUCUGUAUUGAUGAUAUUACUAUGACCAGAGGAUACUGUUCACCGUCCCACAGUCCGUUUGACUGUAACUUUGAAGGUGAUUUGUGUGGAUGGAAUCAAACGGCUGACGAUGAAUUAGAUUGGAUAAGAAAUCAAGGUGAUACAGGGUCAUCUCAUACAGGGCCAUCCUGGGACCACACCAGAGGAGUGACUGGAUGGUAUAUAUACCUUGAUAACAAUGCAGACCAGUUCUUUGGGGAUGCAGCGAGACUUGAAAGUCCAGCUGUCGAUUUUGUCGCAAACCAGCCAAAGUGCUUCACCUUCUGGUAUCACAUAUACGGAGCCCAUAUUGGGUCAUUGAGUGUUUAUUUACAAGCUGGUCAAAGACUCAAUCCAAUCUGGGCAAAACGAACAACACUUGGUGACCAAUGGAACCAAGCUAGAGUAAACUUGUUGCUGACAUCUGAUGAGACGCAUAAUGUUGUGUUAGAAGUGACACAAGGUUAUAGAGUCCAUGGAGAUGUUGCUGUGGAUGAUAUUAGUUUGGAAGAUGGAUACUGUGUGCAAGAUUAUUUUGGAUGUGAUUUUGAAGCAAAUACACUGUGUGGUGGUGAAUUUGACCAAACAGCUGAUCUUAACUGGACAUUGACUUCAGCAGAUGAUAGAAAUGGGCCGAUUCAAGAUAAUACCUAUGGUACUAUUGCAGGUCAUUAUCUAUUGGUAUCAGCAUCGUCUACUAACACUGGACGAGUAGCACGGUAUUUCACAGCUAUUACGUCUACUACAACUACAGAUGUUUGCAGUUCUACUAUAUUAGAAGCAGCUAUGACAUUGGUGUUUUCAGUGUUCACACUAUGA